CGGGGGGAAGUGACGUAAGAGGCGGUGCGGCCUGGGAACGGCGAUCCGGACGCGCGCUGGCAUGUCGGCUCUGAAGCGGUUGGCGCCUUUCUUUCGGGUUGGAAACCACUUGUUCAAAGGCCGCGGCUCCGGGGCGGCUGGAGGCACUGGAGUCCGUCAUGCCGGUGGCGGGGUGCAUAUCGAGCCUCGGUAUAGGCAGUUUCCCCAGCUGACCAAGUCCCAGGUGGUCCAGGCCGAGUUCUUCAGUGGGACCAUGUGGUUCUGGAUUCUCUGGCGUUUUUGGCAUGACUCGGAUGCUGUGCUGGGUCACUUUCCAUAUCCAGAUCCUUCCCAGUGGACAGAUGAAGAACUAGGUAUCCUCCCUGAUGAUGAAGACUGAAAGUGUUGAUUGAACUCUUUGCAAGUGGGAGUCAGGCAAAAAGUUUCAAGCGAUUGAGGACUUCACAUCGUACCUGAAAGUUGUAAAUUAAAGUGUUUUGGUCAACAGUGA